GACGACGUCGAGCAGCCUCCAAAGGGCGGGCCCUUGCACGGCUGCGAGGCGUGCGUCGAGCUGGUGAGCUCCAACUUCCCUGGCAUGAAGUUCUACGAGGCCGUGGCGAAGAAGGAUGAGGACGAGCAGUUCUCCGACGGCCUGGACGCGGUCUUCCAAGCGAGGGGCGAGACGAAGACCGAUCAGUCCGUCAAUCAUGACAUGCAGGUCACAGAGGAAGCAUCGCUGCAGGCGGCCCUCCAGGAGACGCACGAGCUCCACACGACGGCGUCUUGCACCAAGAAGUAUGGGAAUAACCCAAAGACGAUGAAGAUCAGGCCCGUCAAGCUUCCGGAUGCCCGUGGGAAGAUGCGACAGUUCUUUCCAAUCCCAGCAGCAAACUUCCGAACGUUCAAGGCGCUGUCCGUCGUGGGUGGCCGCCCGAAGACCGUCAGGAUGAGCGGAGUGAAAUUGUUCGAAGGCCAUGGCGAAAUGGCGUUGGAAUCGCAACAUAACGUGUACAUGGCCAAGCUCCAACUUGACAAGAUGAAGAAGACGGCGUGCGCUGGCGAGAGGGGCAACAGGCAGCCCGAUCCUGAUCGCGAGCUGGAGUCGACUGGGCCGAAGCUUUGUCGCACUUCCGCGCAUGCUACGCCAUCGAAGGAAGGGGGCCGCUCGAAGAGCAGGGCGCCAUGCAGCAAGGGCAAGGACAUGACAGCUGACCUCGAAGCCCAGGAUACUACAGACCAGAUGGAGGCGGCGUUCGGCAAGUUGGCUGUUCUUUUCGCCGAGCACCCUUUCGCCGACAAAGACGUUUGUCAAUCGUCGGCUGCCGAGCAACACCAAUCGGGCACUUCUGCUUAUUGGAUCGCGAGGCUGCCGUUGGACUGCACUGCGGCAUCUACAUCGUUCAAGUUUGCGCAUGCGGUCUCCCAGUCCGAGAUCCUACGGAGCAAGGUUGGCAGGGUCGAGCGCGACCAACUGGAGGCCCACCUGGGCCUUGUUCAGGAGGCCAAGCAUUUCCCAGAUGGCAAGCUGCAGCUGCUGAGCUGGGACCAGGCAGUGGCGAAGAUCGAGCGUCUCAAGCAGGCGGGCGCCACUUGGCUAGCUGAUACCAGGAUCUCGAUUCUCAAAGCGUUCGUGAAGCACUACGCCAACAUGGCCGAUCAAGGCAAGAACGUGGAUACUGCAAUCGGCCGCCUCGUGGUGACGUUCGCUCCAUUUGUCAGCGGCCCCCCGCCCAGUUACGACGCGGCGGCGCCGGCGCUGCUAUCGUCCAGGCUGCCCAUGGCCGAGACGAAGGAUCUGUACUUGACAUCGGGCUUCAUCGGAUGCUUACUGCAGUGGCUGGAGAGAGGUGAAUCGAUGGAGAGCCACAUCAUUGCGCUGUGUGGCAGCGUGAAGGCGCACUGGGUGGUGUCGGAGGAUACGGUCAUGACCACGGAGUGUGCGCACCUCAUACAGGAUACUAAGAAGGUGCUGGCAGUGCUAUCCGCGAGCUACAUGAAGAGCCUCCAGGUCGACACGCCCGCUAGCGUCUUCGACGACGUCAAACCGCUGCAAUAUGAUGGGCUGAAGGCAUCCAGGACAGGUGCAGCAUCAUCUGUGUUCCAAGUCGUCGGGCAAGCAGUUGAGAGGUCAGCCCAUUGGAACCGCAUGGUCACCGCUUUCGCUAAGUCGGCAAAGGCUUUGAAGACCAGCGCCCCCGCACUACAGGAGCACAUGCAGCUGGCCGUGGAGAUGAAGGACGAACGCCCCAGCGCUGAACACCGCCAGAAGCUGAAGUCCAUCGUCGAGGCGAUCCCCGAGUACAAUGCCACCGUUGGCGAGUCUCACGUCAUCGAGCUCGAUGCGAACAUCGCCGUUGCUAUCAGCGCGCACACCGCCACGGUGGCUUCCCUUUCCACUGGCGACGGCACGGAGACCGCGGUGAAAGAUGGGUCCCAGCGCCUCCUCGUGCCGUACGUUGAGUUGGUGAAGGCGGCGAUUGCCUCGUGCUCUCGCGACGAGAAGCUGCUUCGCGAGCAGAAGAUGUUGCUGGACAGCCAGCGCCUCAUCGCACAGAUGGAGAAGGCCACCGACCUCAAGAACAAGCUGGACGAGUUCAAGAUUGACGACUCUCACUACUCUAAUGCAAUGAAGGACUACUUCGGCACGCUGGCACCGCCUGGGAAUGACGACGCGUCACGUUCCCUUGUGCACGGUCUCUUCGAGAGGGUGGUGGGGCAGCAACACCUCGUGGACUUCGACGGCAACGAUGUGUUCAACCACAUCCCCUUGCUGAAAUCAAUGUGCCAACAUGUUCCGACUGGGCACGCUGCGUCAUGCUCCCACGUGGCGGAUCUGCUCUCGCGCGUGGGCGCACUGAACAUUGCGAGGAUGGCGGUUGAACGGUUGGGCGACUCUCCCUACGAGGCGGUGCUUGCCCCCGAGUGCGAGCAAACGCUGGCCGAGCUGGAUCGGAACGUGCAGGUGUGCAAGGCGAUCCUGGCCAAGAAGGUCAAGGGCUUCGACGCGACCUUCAAGCGGGGCAAGGAGCGGAUGGAGGAGGCGACGGGCUACCUCAAGGAGGUUGCGGCCGCGUUGGUGACGAGGGGGGCCACCGCCGCGAAGGCGAGUACGGAGGGCGCCUGGAAUAAGCUCAAGGAGAGCAACAUCUACGGCAGCUUCGAGCAGGACGUGGCCAAGGCCAACUGGAAGGAUAUCUGCACGGUCUGGGAGACGGGCUUCAAGGACUUGGACCACGACGAGGCGCUGGGCUGGUUGGACCAGCUCUCGCAGGAUGGAAUUCGUUAA